AUGAGGGACGUAGUGGCGGCGACCUUCGCCAACCCCCCCGCCCCGCAGUUUUGUCAGUAUAAAAAUGCUUCCUUGUAUGUCAGGCGUUCGAUAACAGCAACUUUGAGUGCGUUACCUGGUGAGGACGUGUCCAUCGGGUCGGCCGGCUCGCUCGCCGCACGCCACGCUUACCAGCCUGCUGAGUGGGCUUCCACACAGUCUGGCAGUUCAACAAUCACGUCCGACGAAGAAGGCGAAGGUGACGAAUCCGGAUACGCGUCUCUCGAGCGCUUCCUAACCGCUUGGGGCCUCUCCCAAUACGUGCAAAAGUUCAAAGACGAGCAAAUAGACUUGGACGCUCUCAUGUUGCUCACUGAAAGUGACCUCAAAUCCUUGGGCCUGCCUCUAGGGCCGUACAGGAAGCUAGUUACAGCUGUUCAAGAGAGAAAACAGGCGCUGUCGCAUCCGGGACCUAUGAUCGAUACAGCUAUAUGAUCUUGUGUAUUUGAGGCUAUUUUAUUGCAAGUAAUUCGAAAAUUGCCGUUUUAAAGAUAUGUGUAAUAGAUUAGGGCCGGAUUCACUUGCUGACCAUGACUGAUUGUCUAUUUUACACUUUUCACUUAUUUUAUAUAUUAUUUGUCAUAUAACUGACAGAUAUGCUACACAGAACGUGUCCAGAAGUAGAUAAAUCCAGCCAUUAAGAGAUGACUAGAAUAUUAUGGUGCUCAAUUGUAAUAAUAUUAAAUAGUCGUCAGUUUAAAAUGCAAUGAACAUUUUUAGCUCUUAAUAAAACAUUGUGUGAAAUGACAUUUAUAUUUGUAACGCGAGCACGUAUGUUUGUGUCUGCACUUUUAUAUUUUUGUAUUUUAAAGAUCGUGUUGUGAUAUUUUGUAUUCGAAGUCAUUCCUCAUUGUAAGUGAUGUUAGUGAACCAUUCCAUCCAUUGUCGCCAUAUAAUUAUGAACCUUUGUACAAAAUAUAUGAUUUUAUAUAAAUA